AUGAGUGUCCCACGCGCGAGGUUACUGGACCUCAUGAAGGCUCAAUGCGAAGUCUUCGCGGCAACUUUCAACCCUGAGGGAGUGCGGACGGGAAACAAGAUCCUGCGCCAACGUCUGAAGGGACCUUCCCUCGCAUCCUACUACCCUCGCAAGGUCCUUACCGUCCAGGACGUCCAGAGGGAGUUCGGUCCUGAGCUCACAACGAUCGACUUGGAGGAGCUGGACCGUACGGAGCACAUUGCUGGUCUGAAGGCCAGAGGAAAGGGUGCACCCAAGAAGAAGAAGACGAAGACUGAGGGGAAGAAGAAGAGAUAA